AAUAUAGAAUGUAACCAGAAUAGCAUUUAUUCUGUGAAAUGUAUAUGUGUUUUUAUGUCAGAAUGAUCGCGUUAAAGUGUUUUUCUGAACUACAUUUGCACCCCGUUGCCUUCAGCGAGCGGCGUCGCCCUCACAGCCGGCAAGUACACAUGGACAUGGACUUGGCUAUUUCAGUUGCGAGUUGUAUUGGGACGUAGGCGGUGCCAGAAAAAGCUGCUUCCGCUUGUCUUGUGACCCUCCAGGAGCCAAUCGCCGAGCGCCUUUCAUUUAUCUCUGUCUGGAAGCUAAAUAGGAGACAGAGAAGAUCUGAUCGCGCUUCUCGGAAAUGUGCGAGCACAAUCUGCUAAAUUCAGGCUAUGUCGGCUCCCUGUUAAAUUUUGCCAGCCCGGAGCCUUUCUACUUUCCCAACCUGCGUCCGAAUGCGGCUCAACUGGCGAGUCUGUCACCCGCACUCUCUUACACCCGCCGGGAGGUGUGCUCGCUCCCGUGGACUUCGAGUCCAUGCGCAUCGCCGCCGCAGAGCCGCGCCUUCAGCGGCUACUCUCAGUCCUAUCUCAGCAAUUCUGUCUCCAUCAGCAUCAAUAGGCAUGGAUCAGACAAAGCAGCGGCCGGCGAAGAGCCCACCAAGUACUACUUCCAAGACAGCAGCCGAAAACUGGAGGAGAGAUGCAGACACAGUCAGUCCUACCCAAGUGAUACCAGUAUCCCUUCUUCAGUCAACAUCAACCCUACUAAGUACGAGUACCCAAACGUGGAAACAUCUCUCCAUGGCUCCUCCUUACAUAAUCAAGGCUUUGAAUUGAAUUCCAACUCUCCCUCUGUAAAUGAAGGCGUCAAGCAAUGCGUGAGCCUCAAUAUGUCAUUACAGUCAUCAGUAACGCCAGUGUGCACCAGAUCCUCCGAUGGGCUCUCCUGGUGCCCGACCCAAGUGAGGUCAAGGAGGAAACGCAAGCCCUACACAAAGCAACAGAUAGCUGAACUUGAAAAUGAAUUCCUCGCGAACGAGUUUAUCAACCGACAGAAGAGAAAGGAAUUGUCCGACAGGCUAAACCUGAGCGACCAACAAGUAAAAAUCUGGUUUCAAAACCGGCGCAUGAAAAAGAAAAGACUUGUUAUGCGCGAACAAACGCUCUCACUCUUUUAGACCAAAGUAAAGUUUAAAUGUGAGUUUCAAGGUCGUGAAUUAAACUUUUUUUAAUGGUAAUUAAGCUUGCUCGCAGAAAGCAUGUAGAUCAAGAAUAUCCAUUGUUUUAAUGGAAAGGUGCUCCUUUGAUGUGCUGUCAUAUAAAACCGCAAUCUACCAUUACAUUGCCACUGCCACUAGUCCAGGGCGUGUUGGUUUAGUUUAACCUCAGCGGCAUAAAGGGACUGAGAUGCAAACUAUGGAUACCUCGUGAAAUAUUGUUGUAGCAGGAAAUUGAACGCCGGGCAAAAAAAAAAAGACUUUCGGUAGCCUGUAUCUUGCUGUCCGUGGAUGACAUACCAGCCCCAUCUCAUCACCAUUGAAUAGUUUCAAAUGACAUUUGUAGCUAUUUCGUUUCUUGUUUGUUUAAAUUGCUCCGUGACUCUUCACUUGAGUAACAAGCAGAUAUUCUGCAUUUUGAGAAUGUAAGUACAACAGGUAAU